GAGAAAGAUAAGAAUGCACACACACGCUGAGAAAGCAAAACGGAAAAGACUAAUCAGACACACUCUCUCUCCGAGCCUCCGUUUAUCCAUCCAUUGACGGAGCUCGCAUUUACGUGUUUUUUUGUUUUUGGUGAAAUCUCGAGUAGUGGUGGUGGUAUGUAUAUUGGAUUCCAUGAAGAUGAAUUGGAAGGUGUGAUGCUUCUUUAUUGGAGGAGGGGAAUGUGGGUUAGUUUGAAAGAAAGAACACCUCCAGCAUAUGUAUUUUUCAGCUAAGAAGACUAAAGGAGAACGCAAAGUAGAGUGUUGGUGCAAAUGUCGAAGUCUCCCUCUGCUGGACCAAGGGAGCUCAGAUCCUUGUCUGCUUCAAGGCGUAGGGAUUCAAAUGGACCAACAGAAAUGUGUGAUUCAGAGGAAACAAUGGCUACAGUUGCUCGUUUUAUUGAGCAGCUUCAUGCCAACAUGUCUUCACCACAUGAAAAAGAACUUGUUACAUUCCGUUUGUUAGGUAUUGCCAGAGCUAGAAAGGAAGCACGGACUGUUAUUGGUUCACAUGCUCAAGCAAUGCCAUUGUUCAUAUCCAUUCUUAGGAGUGGCACUCAUACGGCAAAAGUAAAUAUUGCUGCAACACUGAGCACCAUGUGCAAGGAUGAAGAUUUACGGUUGAAGGUGCUUCUGGGUGGAUGCAUCCCACCAUUACUCUCACUUUUGAAGUCAGAGUCAACUGACACAAGGAAGGCAGCAGCAGAAGCAAUUUAUGAAGUUUCAUCCGGUGGACUUUCAGAUGAUCAUGUGGGAAUGAAAAUAUUUGUUACAGAAGGUGUAGUACCAACCUUGUGGGAGCAGCUCAAUUCAAAAAACAAGCAGGACAAAGUUGUAGAAGGUUUCGUCACUGGGGCUUUGCGAAAUCUUUGUGGCGAUAAAGAUGUGUACUGGAGAGCAACCCUUGAGGCUGGAGGAGUGGAUAUUAUUGUGAGUCUGCUUUGUUCAGGCAAUGUUGCCGCUCAGUCCAAUGCAGCUUCUCUAUUGGCCCGUUUGAUGUUAGCAUUCAGUGAUAGCAUCUCCCAAGUAUUAGAUUCUGGAGCAGUCAAAGCUUUACUUCAACUUGUGGGUCAGAACAAUAAUAUUUCCGUCCGUGCCAGUGCUGCUGAUGCUUUGGAGGCUCUUUCUUCAAAGUCAACCAAGGCCAAGAAAGCUAUUGUUGAUGCAGAUGGUGUGCCGGUUCUCAUUGGAGCUAUAGUUGCUCCUUCUAAAGAGGGUAUGCAAGGGGAGGGUGGUCAGGCACUACAGGGGCAUGCAACACGAGCUUUAGCAAACAUAUGUGGUGGAAUGUCUGCUCUAAUACUAUAUCUUGGGGAACUUUCCCAGGCCCCACGAUUAACUGCUCCUGUUGCUGAUAUAAUUGGAGCGCUUGCCUAUUCUCUGAUGGUCUUUGAGCAGAAAUCUGGUGUUGACGAAGAACCAUUUAAUGCAACACAGAUAGAGGACAUCCUAGUAAUGCUACUAAAACCUCGAGACAAUAAGCUGGUCCAGGAGCGUGUCAUUGAGGCCAUGGCCAGCCUUUAUGGCAACACCUAUCUCUCAAGAUCGCUCUACCAAGAAGAAGCAAAGAAGGUGCUUAUUGGACUCGUAACGAUGGCUUCUGCUGAUGUGCAGGAGAACCUGAUACUUUCUCUAAUAAGCUUAUGCUGUGAUGGGGUGGAUAUUUGGGAGGCCAUUGGAAAGAGAGAAGGAAUUCAGUUACUGAUAUCAUUGCUGGGAUUAUCCGGUGAACAGCAUCAGGAAUAUGCUGUUGAGUUACUAGCAAUUCUGACCAACCAAGUUGAUGACACUAAGUGGGCAAUCACAGCAGCUGGGGGAAUUCCUCCUCUGGUACAAUUAUUAGAGAUAGGAUCCCAGAAGGCAAGGGAGUAUGCAGCACAUGUUCUGUGGAAUUUGUGCUGUCACAGUGAGGAUAUUCGAGCCUGCGUUGAAAGUGCUGGAGCUGUUCCCGCAUUCCUAUGGCUUUUAAAAAGCGGUGGACCAAAGGGGCAAGAAGCCUCGGCUAAAGCACUAACAAAGCUUAUCCGAACUUCUGAUUCUGCUACCAUUAAUCAGUUGCUAGCUUUGCUCCUGGGUGACUCUCCAAGCUCAAAGGCGCACAUAAUUAGAGUUUUGGGUCAUGUACUCACUAUGUCUUCACAAACCGAUCUUGUGCAUAAGGGAGCUGUAGCUAAUAAAGGGCUGAGAUCACUUGUCCAGGUUCUCAAUUCCUCAAAUGAAGAAACCCAAGAGUAUGCAGCUUCUGUCCUGGCAGAUCUAUUUAGCUCCAGAGAAGAUAUUUGUGACAAACUUGCAACUGAUGAAGUCGUCCAUCCUUGCAUGAAGCUUUUGACCAGCAAAACUCAAGUUAUUGCUGCACAGUCAGCUCGAGCCUUGGGUGCUUUAUCCCGUAAAACCAACACUAAGUCUAGCAACAAAAUGUCAUACAUUGCAGGAGGGGAUGUCAAGCCUCUGAUCAAGUUGGCAAAAACUUCUUCCAUUGAUGCCGCCGAGACUGCUGUAUCAGCAUUAGCCAAUCUUCUGUCUGAUCCCCAGAUAGCUGCAGAAGCACUGGCUGAAGAUCUUGUUUCUGCUUUGACUAGACUAUUGGGGGAAGGCACUUCAGAAGGCAAGAAGAAUGCAUCAUGUGCCCUUCUCCAAUUACUAAGGCAUUUUCCAGUUGGUGAUGUACUCAAGAGUAAUGCUCAGUGUCGAUUUGUUGUUCUUUCUAUUGCUGAUUCCUUAAAUGCAAUGGACAUGGAUGGGACUGAUGUUGCUGAUGCUUUAGAAGUAGUUGCACUAUUGGCGAGAACAAAACAAAGCGUGAACCUUACAGAUCCUCCAUGGUCUGCCCUUGCUGAAGUUCCCUCAAGUUUAGAGCCUCUUGUACGCUGCCUGGCUGAGGGGCCUCCUCUGGUGGAGGAUAAGGCUAUAGAAAUUCUGUCUAGGCUUUGUGGGGAUCAACCAGUUGUAUUAGGCGAUAUGUUGGUUGCAAAACCCAGAUCCGUUGGUGGACUGGCUAAUAGAAUAAUGAACUCCACCAGUUUAGAGGUGAGAGUUGGAGGAGCUGCAUUGCUCAUCUGUGCUGCUAAAGAACACAAAGUCCAGUCAAUGGAUGCACUGGUUGGGUCAGGAUAUUUGAAACCCCUGAUAUAUGCAUUGGUAGAUAUGAUGAAGCGAAAUUCUAGUUGUUGCUCUCUGGAAAUUGAAGUCAGAACUCCUAGAGGUUUUGCAGAAAGAAAUCCUUUUCAGGAAGAGAUUGAGGUUCCUGAUCCAGCCACUGUCUUGGGAGGAACUGUUGCUUUGUGGUUGCUAUCAAUAAUUUCUUCAUUUCACCCAAAGAACAAACUUACUGUAGUGGAAGCUGGGGCACUUGAGGCCCUUUAUGAUAAGCUUGUGAGUUAUACAUCCAAUCCACAGGCAGAAUUUGAAGAUACUGAGGGCAUAUGGAUAAGUGCCAUGCUCCUGGCUAUAUUGUUUCAAGAUGCACAUAUUGUUUCAUCUCCUGCAACAAUGCGCAUCAUUCCCUCGCUUGCACUUUUGCUGAGAUCUGAAGAAGUAAUUGACAGGUUUUUUGCUGCCCAGGCAAUGGCUAGUCUUGUUUGUAAUGGAAGCAGGGGAAUGAAUCUUGCAAUUGCAAAUUCAGGUGCAGUUGCAGGGUUAAUAACUAUAAUUGGUUAUGUAGAAUCAGAUAUGCCAAACCUUGUGGCUUUAUCUGAAGAAUUUUCUCUGGUAAAAAAUCCGGAUCAAGUAGUUCUGGAACUCCUCUUUGAAAUUGAAGAUGUGAGAGUUGGUUCCACUGCACGCAAAACUAUCCCUUUGUUAGUGGAUCUUUUGAGACCAAUGCCAGAUAGACCAGGUGCCCCUCCAACUGCUGUUCGCCUUUUGACUCAUAUUGCAGAUGGCAGUGAUACAAACAAACUAAUUAUGGCGGAAGCUGGAGCUGUAGAUGCUUUAACAAAGUACCUAUCGUUGAGUCCUCAGGACUUGACUGAGGCGACUAUAUCUGAACUAUUGAGAAUAUUAUUUAGCAAUCCUGAUCUUCUUCAUUAUGAGGCAUCAAUUAGUUCCAUGAAUCAGCUCGUAGCUGUUCUGCAUUUGGGGUCAAGAAGUGCAAGAUUGAGUGCUGCUAGGGCUCUUCAUGAACUUUUCAAUGCAGAGAACAUUAAGGAUUCUGAAUUAGCCAAGCAAGCAGUUCAGCCCUUGGUUGACAUGCUUGAAGCUGCAUCAGAAAGUGAGCAACAUGCUGCUCUUGCCACCUUGGUUAAGUUUACUUCGGGAAAUCCUUCAAAAGCAGUUCUGAUCACUGAUGUGGAAGGGAAUCCCCUUGAGAGCCUAUACAAAAUUUUGUCUUCCACAGCUUGCUUGGAAUUGAAGACAAAUGCUGCACAGCUUUGUUUUGCUCUUUUUGGUAAUUCAAAAGUCAGAGCGAUGCCAAUUGCCUCUGAAUGCAUAGAGCCUCUUUUAUCACUAAUGCAAUCUGAUAUGGGUACAGCAGUGGAAUCUGGUGUUUGUGCUUUUGAAAGAUUGUUGGAUGACGAACAGCAAGUAGAGUUUGCAGCAGCUUAUGAUAUCGUCGAUCUUCUUGUUGGUUUGGUUUCUGGGUCAAAUAAUCGGCUUAUAGAGGCUAGCAUCUGUGCUCUCAUUAAGUUGGGGAAAGACCGGACUCCCCGCAAGUUGGAUAUGGUCAAAGCUGGCAUUAUCGAUAGCUGUCUUGAGAUACUUCCCACAGCGCCCAGUACAUUAUGUUGCACAAUUGCUGAACUCUUCCGCAUCUUGACAAAUAGUAGUGCAAUUUCUAAAACCUCAGCUGCAGCAAAAAUUGUCGAACCUCUUUUUCUGGUGUUGUUUCGUCCAGACAUUAGUCUUUGGGGCCAGCAUAGUUCCCUGCAAGCACUUGUUAAUAUUUUGGAGAAACCACAGAGCCUGGCAACUUUAAAACUUACUCCUAGCCAGGUCAUUGAGCCUCUGAUUUCAUUUCUGGAAUCACCGUCUCAAGCUAUCCAGCAGCUUGGCACAGAAUUGCUAAGUCAUCUUCUUGCGCAGGAGCACUUUAAGCAAGAUAUAACAACCAAAAAUGCAGUUGUGCCUCUUGUGCAACUUGCUGGAAUUGGAAUAUUGAACUUGCAGCAAACAGCAAUUAAAGCAUUGGAAAAUAUCUCUGUAAGCUGGCCAAAGGCAGUUGCUGAUGCUGGGGGUAUAUUUGAGAUUUCAAAGGUUGUCGUUCAAGAUGACCCUCAACCACCCCAUGCAUUGUGGGAAUCAGCUGCUCUGGUUCUCUCCAAUGUUCUACGUUCAAAUGAUGACUACUAUUUCAAAGUUCCAUUAGUUGUUCUUGUGAAGAUGUUGUACUCAGCAGAGGAGAGUACUAUAACAGUGGCUCUUAAUGCCCUGACUGUUCAAGAAUCAACCGAUGCUUCGAAUGCCGUGAUGACAGAAGCAGGUGCAGUAGAUGCUCUUUUAGAUCUAUUAAGAUCUCACCAGUGUGAAGAAGAGUCUGGAAGGCUACUUGAAGCUUUAUUCAACAAUGUGAGGAUACGAGAAAUGAAGGUUUCCAAGUAUGCAAUAUCGCCUUUAGCACAAUAUCUGUUAGACCCACAAACUAGAUCACAGUCUGGCAAGCUUCUUGCAGCUCUUGCUCUUGGUGACCUCUCCCAGCAUGAAGGACUUGCUAGAGCCAGUGAUUCCGUUUCCGCAUGUCGUGCUCUGAUAAGCUUGCUUGAAGAUCAGCCAACAGAGGAAAUGAAAAUGGUGGCCAUUUGUGCAUUGCAAAACUUUGUCAUGCGCAGCAGAACAAAUAGGCGAGCUGUUGCAGAAGCUGGAGGCAUAUUGGUAAUUCUGGAACUUCUUCUCUCUCCUAAUUCAGAGGUUGCAGGACAGGCAGCAUUGCUCGUCAAAUUUUUAUUUUCAAAUCACACACUUCAAGAAUAUGUAUCAAAUGAGCUUAUCAGAUCUUUGACAGGGGCACUAGGGAAAGCGGCAGAGUCCACGGAAACUUUAACCGAGGAAGUCUUGAAAACCAUACAUGUGAUAUUCACCAACUUUCCUAAGCUCCACGUUUCUGAAGCAGCUACUCUAUGCAUUCCCCAUUUGGUAGCAGCACUCAAGUCCGGGAGUGAAGCUGCUCAGGAUUCUGUAUUGGACACGUUAUGCUUGUUGAAAAAUUCAUGGUCAAACAUGCCUAUAGAUAUCUCAAAAUCGCAAGCCACGAUUGCGGCUGAAGCCAUUCCUGUUCUUCAAAUGCUGAUGAAAACAUGUCCACCAAGUUUCCAGGAGAGAGCGGACAGCCUAUUACAUUGCUUACCAGGUUGUUUGACGGUUACCAUUGAACGUGGAAACAACCUUAAGCAAGUCAUGGGAGGGACAAAUGCUCUGUGUCAAUUGACAAUUGGCAAUGGUCCUCCACGGCAAACCAAGGUAGUGAGCAACAGUACCUCUCCAGAAUGGAAUGAAGGAUUUACGUGGGCUUUUGAUGUGCCACCAAAGGGACAAAAACUACACAUACUGUGCAAAAGCAAAACUACUUUUGGAAAGACUAGUCUUGGUAGAGUGACGAUCCAAAUUGACAAAGUGGUAAGUGAAGGAGUAUACAGUGGACUCUUCAGCCUUAACCAAGACAGCAAUAAGGAUGCGAAAGAUGGGACUUCCCGAACACUUGAAAUUGAGAUUACGUGGUCCAACAGCAUAUCUAAUGAAGGCGAUGAAUUAUGAGCCACUUUGUAGGUAAGUGCAGUGGAGUCAACCAUGGCAAGAUAUGCAACAGCCAAGCAAAGGAACAUCAAUGAUUGUUGCAUCCCAAAUCGAGUUUGGGAGGUUGAUUUGCUCACGAGUAUCGAUAUCUUCUGAAGAUCCAGUUUUGCAGAUUUGUAAUUUUAUGCUGCCAUUGUAAAAUGUGAAAGGUUGGGUCAUUUCUAGAAGUUUGUUGUACAGAUCAGUCUGUAGGUGCUAGUUAUUUAAACAUUUUAGAGUAUUUUUUAUUAGGAGGAUGGAGCAGAGCUUUUUUGCACAUAGUGCUCCGCCACUCUUUAACAGAGGUAAAUGGACUAUACUUUGUGCUUUUUGUUUUUCAAAAUAAUGUAUCUACAUGUUCAAAAAAGUUACCAUC